AUGGGUCUUUAUAAAACAAAGUCUAAACAUUACAUUGAUACUUAUUAUCAAAUCACAAUCAUCAAUAUUUUCAUUCUCUCUUUAAUCACAUCUUCCUCCAUGGCUUCUUCUUCAUCUCCAGUUGAUUUUUCAACUGCAAUUCUAAUAAGGGUUGAUCAAUCAGGCAAAGGAGAUUUCAAUAAGAUUAAAGAAGCAAUUGACUCUAUCCCUCCCAAUCUAAACAACUCUCAACUUUAUUUCAUUUGGGUCAAGCCUGGAGUUUACCGAGAAAAAGUGGUGAUUCCUGCGGAUAAACCCUACAUAACAUUGAGUGGAACAAAAGCUUCCAACACAGUUCUCAUAUGGAGCGAUGGUGAAGACAUUUUGGAGUCACCCACUCUCACAGUCUUCGCAUCCGACUUCAUAUGCCGAUUUCUCACUAUUCAGAAUAAGUUCGGAACAGCGGGACAGGCGGUUGCGUUGCGAGUGGCAGCGGAUAAUGCAGCGUUCUACGGCUGCGUGAUAACGUCGUACCAAGACACUCUUCUCGACGACAAUGGAAACCAUUACUUCAAGAAUUGCUAUAUUGAAGGAGCCACUGAUUUCAUUUGUGGAAGCGCAUCGUCUCUCUACGAAAAGUGUCAUUUACACUCGUUGUCGCCGAAUAAUGGGUCGAUAACGGCGCAAAUGAGAUCGUCGGCGACGGAGAAAUCAGGGUUUUCAUUCUUGGGAUGCAAGUUAACCGGUACGGGCUCCACGUAUUUGGGAAGACCAUGGGGAGCUUAUUCUAGAGUUGUCUUUGCAUAUUCCUUCUUCUCUGAUGUGGUUGCACCUCAAGGAUGGAACGAAUGGGGAGACUCGAGUAAAAACAAUACUGUAUAUUAUGGUGAAUACAAAUGUUACGGUCCGGGAGCAGAUAGGAGAGAAAGGGUAAAAUGGUCGAAACAAUUAUCUGACGAGGAAGCCACCGUCUUCAUGAGCAAAGAUUUUAUCGGCGGCAAAGACUGGCUUCGACCUGCGCCUUCUCACUUCAAGGCUGCUCUCAAAUCAAACCCGAAAGAAUUAAUUGAUUAA